UCCACCACCGACUGCAGGGUUUUGCGCGCAUCAACAAGCACACUAUACCUGGGACGAGACUCCAUAUGGUCAAUUGUCGCCGAAAAUCUUGCUUGGAAUACUAGCUGCCUUCCGCACACGCUCAGUCCGCAAUAUAAUAUUUCAGCCUCAAGGCUUACCGAAACCACUUCGUACAACGCACUGCGCCUGCCCCGUGAUUGCGCUCAGCACUACCGACCGACGCAACUUAUCGAGAGCUAGGACUCAACCGACACCAGAAUGACCUCAGGCGCUAUGGAUGUCGAUGCACUCCUCGAGGAGGCUGCCCGCGAUGUAGAGAAGACCCGCGAGGCACAAGCGAAUGACGAGGCCCGUGACUCGGACGCCCGCAAGGACGACCGCCAUGGCGACCGCCGUGACCGACACAGUGACCGUCGCGACCGCAGCAGAGAUCGCGGUGACCGCCGAGGCGAUAGGCGUAGGAGCCGCGACCGAGACCACCGCCGACGAGACGACAGCCGCCCCCGUUCGAGCAGAGGUGACGCUGAUGACAGAUACCGACGCAGCAGCUCGCGCGACCGAUACCGCGGAGGACGAAGGGACCGAGGCGGUGACUACUACAGCGGUGGAGGACGCGCUCGCUCGCGCUCCCCCCGCGGUGACAAGCCACGCCGUGAGAGGGAAAGAUCUGGCGAUCGUCAGCGUGGUGGUGAGGAGCGCAAAGGAGGCCGCCGUGAGAAGACCGCUACUCCAGAAGCUACAGAAGACGAUCGUGACAAGCGUACUAUCUUCGUUCAGCAGAUCUCCCAGCGUGCUGAGACACGCCAUCUACGCUCCUUCUUCGAGGCUAUUGGACCUGUCGUCGAAGCCCAAAUUGUCAAAGAUCGAGUCACUGGUCGCUCAAAGGGCGUUGGUUACGUUGAGUUCAAGGACGAAGAGUCCGUUCCUAAGGCUCUGGAGCUGACUGGACAGAAGCUGAAAGGUGUUCCUAUCAUUGCGCAGCUUACAGAAGCCGAGAAGAACCGCGCAGCUCGACCAUCUGAGGGAGGUGCUGCACCAGGCGCCAACGGUGCUCCGUUCCACCGUCUCUACGUUGGCAACAUCCAUUUCAGUGUUACCGAGAAGGAUUUACAGGAGAUUUUCGAGCCCUAUGGUGAGCUUGAGCAGGUCAUCCUCCAGCGGGAUGAGAUGAACCCCGGUCGAUCGAAGGGUUACGGUUUCGUUCAGUUUGUUGACCCCAAUAAUGCUAAAGAUGCAUUAGCAGAGAUGAACGGCUUCGAGCUCGCUGGCCGCCAAAUUCGAGUUGGUCUCGGUAACGACAAGUUCACGCCGGAAUCAACAGCUACUCUGUUGCGUACCUUCAACCAGCAGGCGCAGAGCUACCAGGGUUCUGCAUUUAGCGGCGCUGGUGGCCGUGGCGCCUAUGCUGGAGGCUCUGGUGGUGUCUUCGAUCGCACCCACAGCAAGGAUGACCGAGGCGUUAGCGGCGCCUCUGCUCUUGAUGAUACCGACGUUGCUGGAGUCAACUUCAAGACCUACGAUCGUUCCAAGCUAAUGGACGCGCUAGCUCGUCGUGACCCAGCAGAACCCGCGAAACAGGGUGCUGCACCUGUUGUCAGCAAGCCCCGUGCUCCAGUUGUUGACAAGCCCAUGGCUUCGAAGUGCAUCAAGAUCGAGAACGCUUUCGAUGCUGACGAGGAACAGAGGAACUGGGGAAAUAACUGGGUCAAGGACCUCGAAAACGAAGUCAAGGUCGAGUGCGACAAGAAGUACGGCAAAGUCGUCCAUAUCGCCGUUGACCCGAACACCGAAGGUGACAUCUACGUCAAGUUCGACUCAGUCUCUGGUGGUGAGAAAGCUCUUCAAGGUCUUAACGGUCGCAGUUUUAACCACCGCACGAUCAUGGCCUCAUACGUUGUCGACAAGAUCUACAAUUCCCUCUGGGGUGCCGCCGCAAGCAGAUUCUAGGCGAAGCGAAUCAGACCCGAACGGUACGUUGUCUUUAUUCAGAUUGCUUUCGCAUGACGAAUAUUGGUUGGCGUUACAUUUUCUUCAUUCUCGGAAGCGUUGGACUUGGAUUGAGUAGCAUGAACUGGGGCGAUACUUUACUUGGUGUACAGGUCCGCACAAUCC